AUGUUCAACUUUAUAAAGAAAUCGACCGUCUUAACGGGUGGUGACGGCGGCGCCUGCGAGGAGAGAGACGGCGAGAAAGAGAGACGCAAACGGGAGAAGAAGGAAAGGAAGGAGAGGGAGAAGCGGGAACGGAUAGCUGCCGGGCUCGAGGAGCCGCUGCGACUCGAAGAGGUUCGACGAUCACUCAAAUUACGGGGCAGACGCAAGGAAAAGGAGAAACUGCCCUCUGGCAUAACAGCAGACUACACAGCCUCAUUGUUUGCUCACCUAGAACAAGAUUCAAACUACUCCAAUUACCCCCUCAUAACUACCUCAGGGUCUAAUUCUAAUCUCAGUGACGAAAACAACCACUUAUCACCUGGUUAUCCCGCAACACAUACCUGGAACAAAAAAGACAGUGUAUUACAAUCGGACAGUUCUGAGACAUCGCUAAAUUCAUUAAACAAUCCGAACAAUGCCAACAAUAGUCCACGACAACCGCCUAAUCUACCUCCGAUACCACCACGACCUCCGAAACGAGGAAUCCUCAAGGGUCCCCGGUUAAGCAAUACUAGUUCUAAUUCACAAGAGAGCAACGUCCAAAGUACUGAUACUGUUGAUUACAUAAACGGACAAGACCCCAAUGUUCUCGCGCGUAACACUCAGCAGAAUGAAGUCAUCUCAUAUGGUGCUAUACCAACGUCAAAAAGCACGUCUUCGAGCGAUGAUAUAAAUCAGCUGCAGAACUUCACGAAGAAAGUGAUUCAUAGUCCUGUCGAAACACAAUAUAAGAAUUAUAAGAAUAACGCGAGCAACCCUUCGAUAGUAACACACGAUGUGGAUGAAAUAUCAAAGACUAAUGGGAACAGCUACAUAGGAGUGACAUCUACAUCUCCAAGUGCUGACUCCUUGACUGAUACUACGACAAAUUCCUCGUUUGCGACACCACCGUUUUCUACCUCGCCUGUUGGUGAAUCUCAGGGCUUCCAUAGGUGGUCGCGGACAAGCAACUUUGAGGAUGUUUAUUUACCUUUGCCUUCAUUGACUCCUUUGCUGUUGCCUAAGCCUAGAGUGUUAACUAUACAACGACAGAAGUCACCUAGAAAUGAUUUUGGAUUUAGCCUUCGUCGAGCCAUGAUUCAAGAAAGAGUCUUCAUUGGCGAUAUCAAAGAACACAACGGCCACGAAGAGAAUGGUCUCGCAAAUGGUGGCAAUAAAUAUAAUGGCAAUAUCACUAAUGGUGUGCUGAUCAGUAAGUUGACACAUAAGGCGGUGAUUCUAGCUGAACCUGGGUCUUAUCCAGGCUCCAGUGAAACAGGGCUUCUUCCUGGCGAUAGAUUGUUGGAAGUCAACGGUGUCAACGUGGAAGGCAAAAGUAGAGAGGAGGUCAUUGAUUUGAUCAAGGGCAGCCAGGAAUCUGUCACUGUAAAGGUGCAACCCAUAGCUGAGCUGUGCGAGUUGUCGCGCAGGCGCGCUGCGGACGGCGGCGGCGACAUAGACUUGUCCGAUAGCAACGUGCGCGGUGGCACGCUCAGCCGCUCCGGCAGUCGCAGGUUCGCCAGCAAUCAGAGGGUCCUCCAGCAACAUCCCGUCAAGGAAUUGGAGUUUCUCAGAAAUUCCAACUUUAGUCUUGUGCAUUGCACCUACUCUCUUGCUUCUCAUAUAGCCAUCUCGCAGCCCUCGCCAGCGUUUCUUGCAUUCUUCAACUGA